UACUCAUGUUGCAGAAAACACCAAUAUUGAAGCAAAUAAUUCCGUAGGCAAUAGUUCAACUCCAACAAAUAAAAUGCAAUAUAGUGAUUUUCAUGACGGAUUUGAUGGCUUUUCCUUUAAGUGCAAAAAAACUUAUAAUUUUUCAAAUCAUGCUGCUUCGGAUCUGAUAAUAAACGGACAAAGUCAGAUUAAUGGGAGGCAUUCGGUUAAUUCUUUAUCUGACACUGACAUUACUACCUUAACAGCUAAUAGCUUUCAUGUAUACAAUAGCAGCUCUGGUAGUAACAUUAAGAAUGAUUUG